CAAAUUUGAAAGAGAAAAUUCCUUUUAUACCCUAUACACAAGUGCAAAAACUUUUUAAAAGGUACAUCCGAAAGUCUGAGAUGUUGAUUGCACCAAGGUGUUCAGCGUAAUUUCCCAAAAGGAGAACCAGAGGCCGGAGAGCGGAAGUCAUCCAAGAUUCAGUCCGAUCUGUUCCCCUCCCAAUCCAACUCCGGCACCUUCCGGCGCACAACUGCCACCAUUCAUGCUCGCCUGAACUACAAUUUUCAGCAUUGAACUCUAGGAGAAAAUGGAAAAGGAAGCAAAGAAAGAAGCGUUCAGAAAAUAUCUGGAGUCAAGUGGAGUCCUCGAUAGUCUGACAAAAGUUCUUGUUGCACUGUAUGAACAGAACGACAAGCCUUCUUCUGCAAUCGAAUUCGUCCAACAAAAAUUGGGCGGCCCGGCAGUGUCUGAUUAUGAAAAGCUACAAGCUGAAUUCUCGGAUUUGCAAACUCGGUACAAUGAACUUCUAACCGCACACCAGGAAAAAUGUAGAGAGUUAGAAGAACUGAAAAACUCGAGAGCUAAAGCAUUCGCCAAGGAGACCAACGACCCCAAGGCGGACGAUCCUAACGAAGGCGUUUCGAGCAUAGAAACAUCUACUAAAGAGUUGUCAAUUGCAUAGUGAACUCUUGAAUUCUUCCUGGAAAAUGGUUUCUGUAUUCACACUCUAAUGAGGGCUUGUAAUGUGAUACAUACAUUUUAGUGUAAUCAUUAAUUUCUUUGAGACCUAUAUAUAUAUAUAUAUAUAUAUGCUGCUUUCCUGGUGAUUGGCUUGUGUAUCUUUUGAAUGUAUUUGCCAAAUAAAUACAGAAAAAUUAUACAAAUCUG